AAUUUGAUAAUCCUGGUCCAAUCACCUUUUUAGUACGGUCAUGUGAAGCAAGCCCAUGAAUUUUUCUUGGGUUUCUUGUUCUUGUCGGCUUUCUAUUUUCUUGUUAUUGGUGGCAAAGAAUAAGGGGGUUAUGUAAAAAUCAUAUUUUUCUUUUUUCAUUUUCUUCGAAAACCUGGAGGUAUCUCUAUUUUGAUUUUUUUUAUUAUUACUCUGUGCUGGUUGUGUUUAUAUGUUCUGAUUCGAUUGUAUCUGUGUUCGGUUUUUUUCCCUGCUGCGGUCGUCUUUCUGUUUGGUUGGUUGGAAAAUAAUAGGAGCUGUGAACUGUGAUCAUCUCCUCUUUUUCUUUUUUUCCUUUUAACGAAAUUUUCGUUUGGGAGUGUUGGGCUCAGCUUUUUGUCUCCUUCAAUCACGGAUGAGGGGGUUUUAUUUUUAGAGAAAUAUAGAAAAGGAAAGAUUGUGGGAGAGAGGAUAGUUCAAACCAAGGAGCUUUGUCCUUGAAAAUCGAAGAGACCCACCUUUUCUUGGGAUGAGAUACUGGCCAUGUGGCCUUUUGCUUCCUCCUUUUUCUCCUUUCUUUCUUCAUUCACUCUUCAAAUCAGAACAACUUCACAAAUGUUCGCUUUGAUAUUAUUAUGAUUGAUUCACUGAUAACAAAGAUAUAAGAGCCUUUCUUGAACACAUGGAUGGAUGUUCUGGUAAAAGAGCCAUUAAUGGGCUUGUUGUCUCUAGGAAAGGAUCUGGUCUUGUAUUAAGGGAUAACGAUAGAGAUCGAGAUGCUCAAUUUUGCAACAGAAUUGGUUGCAGUGCCAAGCUGAACACGAUGAAGGGUACUCAAAUUGGUUCGUCAGGUAAAGCAAAACCUGCAAAGCUUUCAUUCCGUGCGUCAUCUAGUGGCAAGGAAAUAAUUGGAAGUUCCUCUAGGAAUUGCACUGCAGUUACAAGUGGAAGAAAAACAUCCACAAAUACUAAAAAGAAAUUGUCUACUCUGUUAGAAACAGAUUCAUCUGAAACUAGUAGUGUUCAGGAUGAGCUAGAGGUCUCAGAAACCAACCCUCCUGGAAAAAUCCAAAGAGGGUUUCAACGUGAUUCCGAAUAUUCUGAUCCUAAAGAAAUUACAGUGUCAGAGGCAGGAAGCUCAAGCUUAAAAUCAAGUGCAAGAAGUCGGAGGAACUUUCAUCAGAGGUCUGGAUUGAGCAACCAGGACAGUUUUGUUGGUUCCUCUAUUUCUUCGUCAUCUGCAAGCAUAAAUCAGGGAGCACGUGAUGGGAGCAGGUAUGGGUUGAGAAAUCUAAAAUGCAACUCAGUAGCUGAUGUUGUCUCAUCUGGCAGUUCAUCAUCAGAUUCAAACCCUAGUAGAAGGAAGGACUCGCUGAAAAAAAGAAAUUUUGAUGCAGAGAGUAGUUCCUCCAGUAGAGGGAGGAAGAUAACAGGGCCAUCUUUUGAAGUGCGGACUUACAAUCCUAGCCAUGGCGUAUCAAUUUCUGAUACAAGACAAACCAGAAAUUGGCCUUCGAACAGGGAUACUUGUGUUUCGUCAGUUAGGACGCAGAGAUCAAUGAAUAGCUACAAUAGGACAAGGCUGUCUAAUGACGGGAAUGGAAAUAUUUUAUCAUUGAAUGAGUCCCUUGCUAUAGAUUCACAAGCCAUUCAGCAUGAAAAUAUCAAUGACGUGAAUGAUCAUAUUUCUACAGAACAUUCCCCUCGUCCCCCAAGUUCAUACAGUAGAUCAGGCAGUGCCAGCGAGCAUCUUCGUAAUUUGGUCCCAGGUUCCGCAGAAGCUGGCGUAACACACUCUUUGGCAAACAGGGAUAGCUUCCGGCGCUAUAACAUGGAUGGGAUUGCAGAGGUAUUGUUGGCACUUGAGAGGAUUGAACAAGAUGAAGAGCUAACAUAUGAGCAACUACUUGUUUUAGAGACCAAUUUGUUCCUGAAUGGCCUAAACUUCUAUGAUCAGCAUAGAGACAUGAGGCUGGAUAUCGACAACAUGUCAUAUGAGGAGUUACUUGCUCUAGAAGAGAGGAUGGGUACUGUGAGCACUGCUCUAACUGAAGAAGCAUUGUCAAAAUGCCUUAAGACUAAUAUCUACCAGUUGGCACCUUCUGAGGAAGAGAAUAUUGAUUGUUCUGGCGAUAUGGAUGAUGCCAAAUGCAGUAUCUGCCAGGAGGAGUAUGUUGUGGGAGCCGAAGUGGGAAGUUUGCAGUGUGAGCAUAGGUAUCAUGUAGAAUGCAUACAGCAGUGGCUGCGGUUGAAAAAUUGGUGUCCUAUUUGCAAGGCAUCUGCAGAACCCCUACCAUCUUCUUCUUCUUCUUCCUCCUCUUGAAUAGGAUGCAGGAGGCUGACUUUUUGGCUUUGUAAAAAUUAAGUGCAUCUCUUCAUCAUUUCUUACUUUUUAUUUUUAAUUUUCUUUGUAUAUAUAAAAAUCUCUUUGAUCUCAAUCAAAUAAGCCCAGGGGCAGUUGGCUAUGCACUGGGAACUUGAUGUUCACCUGUAAAAGAAACUGUGAAGUAAAAACUUUUACUUGCAGAUUGCAUCUUCGUUGCUA